GCCAUUUCUCUGUUAUUUAUUUAUUUAUUUAUAAAAGCACAGAUCCAGUUAUUUGAUUUUUCACAGAAGUUGGUAACUUGGUUGUUCUUUGAGAGUGAUAAUUCUUGGGGUUAUUGAACAUGAUAUUAUGUUAGAGAGGGAAAUCCUUCUUACUUUAAUUGGGUUUUUUUCGAGAGAAAAAGCAUUCUUACGUUCUGGGUUUCUGAACUUUAUUACCUUUAUAAUCUCAGAAAACUAGGAAAACAGAAAAGCAAGAGAUCAGAGGCAUUGCAAUGGGUUUUUCUUGUGCUUACAUGCCGAUACUCGCAUAUUUUUGGGCAUUCUUAGCUCUCAUGUUACAGUGGUAGGCUCAAUUAGUGAAAGGAGAUUAGGGCACCAAGUGGCUCAGAGAAAAAUGUGCAUGCCCAAUAGAAUAAGAAUUAACAUGCUUCGGAAAUGGGAGUUAUGAUCCGGUCGUAUUUUUCGAGAUCCAUAAAGGUUUUUAUGUAUUGUUUUGCCUUUGUUUUAGGGCCACUUACACAAAAUGAGUGCUCUUUGUUUUCUCUGCAAGUUAUGUAUACUUCACCAUCGUAAUUUGAUCAGUUGGUCAUGGUAAUAUUACUUUUAUGUUUAUGCAUCCAUGCAUGUCAGUGAGACUGAAUUCUAUAAACAGAUAGGUCAGUUAUGAUCAUAUGCAAAUGUAUUAUUGACCAAAUUAUACCUUGAUUCAAGAUCAUACUGGUGCAAAUAAAGGGUUAUCAAAUUAUUGGGUUGGGUGUGAGAAGGGGCUACGGUUACAGUUCUUGGAAACGUGAAUGAGAGUAAGAUCGAAGAAGGCAUAAGGCAUUUUCAUAGAGUUGAAUUUAAAGAGGAUGCGGUUUGCUGUUUCCUGUUGUUGUUUGGGGAUACUUGUCUAUACAAUUGUUGCAUGUUUUUUCUAUUUUUCGUUAUUACACACACACGCACAUAUGUACACAUAAAUAUCGAAGGGACGCUUGUGUAUACAUGCCAUGAUUGCAAUGCAUUUUCUUUUAUAAGCCUGUUUCUUCAUUUAUCGUUUAUGUGCUAAUAUGCUAUCCUCUUGAGAGUUGAUUAUAGUAUCUUUCUCUCUACAGAGUUCUGUCCGCUAGAGCUUAUUGUGAAAGCACAUGACCUGAAAUUGCUUUAGAGAAGUUUUCUUCCUCUGGAAUCAUUGAUUCCCAAUUCAUGGUCUAAGGCUUGAUCAAUUCUAUGGAGAGCAGCAUCGAUGCUCUAAGCCAAGCAUAUCAGGAAUUCGUAGCAUCAGUUGCAGGUGUUUUGGAGGCCAAAGAGCUCUCUGGUGGUCAGAAAACACAGGCCACUGAUGCAGCUCUUGAGAAUUUCAAGCAAAGAUGGGAGCUAUUCAGAGUAGCUUGUGAUCGAGCAGAGGAGUUAGUGGAAUCGGUGAAACAAAGGGUGGGUUCAGAGUGCUUAGUUGAUGAGGCCACAGGCCCAGCUCCGGCCAAUUUGCGAUCAUCACAAGCACCAUCUCUUCCACCAAUCAGUGCAGUUAGGUUGGAGCAAAUGAGCAAGGCAGUUAGAUGGCUUGUGAUUGAGCUUCAGCAAGGUUCUGGGGCUGCAAAUGCUGGGACCAUGGCUGCACACUCACACCCGUCGGCACCCUUUGAUGCGAGGUUCUCGGAGGACGCUACUCAGUAGGUCAGAGAGAGCAGGAGAGAGAGUGUCAACAUGAAUAUGUUAUUUAGGGAUUCCACAUGCAAGAGCAAAUAGGGAAGGAAAGAAUGUAAAUCAGGAGAUGCAUAAAAUCCUAUCACUUCUCACAAGGAGUGUAACUUCCGGAGAUGCUCCUAUUCUUUUGUGUAUAGACUCAGCUGCUUAAAGUAAAGAAUGAAAAAUGGUGCUGCUUUUUAUGUUGGGAGCGCCAUUUUUUGCUUUGGAAUUUGAAUGA